AUGGAGAAUCCUCAUGAACAACAACAGAUCGCUUUGCUGAGCAGAAUUAUAGCCAACGUAAGCAAGCUGAACAAAUCAAUGGAAGACAUGAACACCAAACUUGAGAGCAUAAACAAAGACAACAGUGACAUUGUAUUAAUCUCUGACAUGUGGAGUGCUUACAAUGGAUCAGUUCGUAUUCACAUUGACGAUGCCAAAGAAGAAGCGAGAAGCAAGAAAUAA